GUAGCUUGUGCCGGCCUUGAGCGAAAGAGCUGGAUCCUCGAUAUCGAUCGCAAUUCGGGUUUCUACGUAUCUCAAGGGGAUCUUAAGGUUCAAGUGCGAUACAUCACUACAGUCAUCAAGAUGGUCUUGAAAGUUGGAUGGCAUAGAGAACACUUUCUCUCCCCAUUGCUCCAGCUGCACGCCGCCAAGGGGGGCUUCGAGCUCGUUGAAUGCCCUGGAGGAACAGGGGAUAUGCAAGCAAAGUUGAAAGCUGGAGAGAUCGAUGUGUGUAUCGCUCUUACCGAUGCUCUUAUCGCCGGCAUCGCCAAUGGCCAGACAAGCUAUAAAAUCGUUGGUCGUUACAUCUCGACUCCACUCCGUUGGGCAAUCAUCACCGGGAAAGACAGCCAAUACCAGGACGUGAGCGACUUGAAGGGCACCAAGCUCGGGAUUUCGAGGCUCGGAAGCGGUUCCCAGGUCAUGGCUUCUGUGAUGGCUUUGCGUGAAAAAUGGUCUCAAGCAGAUCAGCCGACCUUCGAGGUCAAGGGGAGCUUCCAGCCGCUACGUGACUCUGUAAACUCAGGGGAAACUAGCGUUUUCUUGUGGGAGUGGUUCACCACCAAACCUUAUGCGGAUUCGGGAGAAGUCCGAUUCAUCGGCUCUGUCUACACGCCUUGGCCUUGCUGGAUGAUCGCUGCUUCCCCUGCAGCCGAUGCUGACCAGGUCUCCCAGCUCCUGAUCGCUCUGGGAGAGUACACGACCGAGUUCGACUCGAAGUCCAAGCGAGACUCUGAAAACGUCGGUUAUGUCGCCAAGACUUUCGGGCAACGAGAAGAAGAUGUAAAAGAGUGGCUCGGCACGGUCGCGUGGUACCAUGAUCUGCUUGCUGUAGAGCGCAAAGUGGUGACUGAUACGCUUGAGGUAUUGAGCCAGGCUGGCGUGGUGAAACGACCUAGCGAGGGGUGGGACGUAGAUGCUUUUGUCGAUCAGCGUAUCGCGAAGGUUAUCUAGCAUUGACUUUGAACGUCCGCAUUCCAUAAAUCAAUCUCAUCGAUAUUCUAUGCAAGAAAAUAG